UUUAAAGAUUUUGUUUAAGUGAAACUUCGUGUAAACAAAGUUUCCUUUCUUUCUGAUUACUUCUAGGAACUACAAGAAGAAAGGAGGAUUACAUCAUGAACCCUGCAUUCAUCUUGAGUUUAUUUGUAAUUGCUUUUGUUUCAGCAGAAGUCCACAGAAUUAAACUUCACAAACUGGACAAAACAGUUCGCCAAACUUUAAAGGAACAAGAUGCACUUAAAUAUAUUACAGAAAAAGAAAAUGCUGUAAACGGUGCCCCAGAGCCACUUCAUAACUAUUUAGACGCACAAUAUUAUGGUGAUAUUGCAAUUGGAACUCCUCCUCAAAGCUUCAAAGUUGUAUUUGAUACUGGUUCAUCAAAUCUAUGGGUACCAUCAUCACACUGUCCCUUAACAGACAUAGCAUGCUUAUUGCAUAGCAAAUACCAUGCCGACAAGUCAUCAUCAUAUGUGGAAAAUGGAACAAAAUUUGCAAUUAGAUAUGGCAGUGGUAGUUGUUCUGGAUAUCUUAGUCAAGAUACCGUUACAGUUGCUGGUGUUAGCGUUAAAAAUCAAGUAUUUGGUGAAGCAACUAAUGUUCCUGGAAUAGCAUUUGUUGCAGCUAAGUUUGAUGGGCUUCUCGGGAUGGGUUUCCAAGAAAUCUCUGUGGAUAAUGUUGUUCCUCCAUUUUAUAACAUGGUGUCACAAAAAAUUGUUGAUCAACCCGUCUUUUCAUUUUGGUUGGAUAGGAAUGCGAACGAUACUACUGGUGGCGAGCUUCUUUUAGGAGGUACUGAUCCUGCCCAUUACGUCGGUGACUUUACAUACACUCCUGUCACAACAAAAGGCUACUGGCAAUUCAAAAUGGACAAAAUUGUAGCUAAUGGAGAGCCAAUGUUUUGCCAAAAUGGUUGUCAAGCCAUUGCAGACACAGGAACGUCGUUAAUUGCAGGACCAACCACUGAAAUCGAAAAGCUUAAUCAUAUGAUUGGAGCUACACCUAUUGUUGGUGGAGAAUACACAAUUGAUUGCUCAAAGAUUCCAACCUUACCAGAGUUAGAUUUUUACAUUGCUGGAAAGAAGUUUACUUUGAAGGGAUCUGACUAUAUUUUAAAGAUAUCGACACUUGGUCAGACUGAAUGCAUCAGCGGUUUCCUAGGACUCGAUGUUCCACCACCACGUGGUCCGUUAUGGAUUUUGGGCGAUGUCUUCAUUGGACCAUAUUACACAGUUUUCGACCUUGGUAAUAGCCGACUUGGUUUUGCUCAAUCCAAAUGAUCUUAGUGACUUUGCAAAGCUUUCAGUUAUAUUUAGAAUUUUUCUUUGUUUUGUCUUUAAAUGUUAAUUUGUUAUUUUUAUAACUUUCUUUUGUCAUUAUUUUGUAUUUUGUAUUCUUCUAUAUAGAAUAGUAUUUUAACCGUAUAACUA